AUGGCACAGCCGGCACCAAACCAGGGCGAUGGCAGCCUCAUGCCCGUCGCCAUCGUGGGCAUGUCUUGCCGUCUGCCCGGGGACGUGUCGACGCUGGAGGAGUUCUGGCGUCUGAUGUCCAGAGCCCGCAGUGGAUGGUCCGAGAUACCAGCGGACCGCUUCAGCAAAGACGCCUACUGGCACCCCAACCCAGAGAAGAAGGGCUGCUUCAACAACGUCGGCGGCUACUUCCUCAACCAGGACCUAGCGUGCUUCGACGCCCCCUUCUUCAACAUCACGGCGCAGGAGGCCCAGUCGUUAGAUCCCCAGCAGCGAAUCUUGCUUGAGUGUGCCUACGAGGCGCUAGAGAACGCGGGCGUGCCGAAAGAGUCGGUGAUCGGCUCCAACACGGGCGUCUUCGUGGGCGGCGCGGCGUCCGACUACCGUCUGGGCAACCUCCGAGAUGCGGAUCACACCCCCAUGUUCGACAUCACAGGCAACCAUGAGUCGAUCCUGUCCAACCGUAUCUCGUACUACUUCGAUCUGCGUGGCCCGAGCUGCACCGUCGAUACGGCGUGCUCGUCGAGCUUGUACGCCCUGCACCAUGCCGUGCAGAGCAUUAGGGCCGGCGAGUCGGAGCAGGCGAUCGUCGCUGCUUGCCACAUCAAUCUCGCCCCGGAUGAUUUUGUGAGCAUGUCCAUGUCUAGGCUUUUCUCCGAAGAGGGUAAAACCUAUGCGUUCGAUCACCGUGCUAAGUCUGGUUUCGCACGUGGUGAAGGCGCCGGGUGCUUAGUCCUGAAGCCGCUGGAUCAGGCGAUCCGUGACAAUGACAGAGUGCGGGCGGUCAUUGUCAACACUGGCGUGAACCAGGACGGCAGGACCGUCGGCUUGUCGAGUCCGAGCGGUGAGGCGCAAGAGCGUCUGAUGCGCGAAGUCUACGCCAAGGCAAACAUCAGCCCUGAAGACACUGGCUUCGUCGAGGCACAUGGCACUGGCACAAAGGCUGGAGACCCCAUCGAAGCCACAGCUAUUCAUCGUGUUUUCGGCAAGGGCCGGACGGCGCGACAGCCGCUGUACUUCGGUUCGGUGAAGACCAAUGUCGGGCAUCUCGAGAAUGCUAGUGGUUUGGUCUCCGUUAUCAAGGCAGCGAUGAUGCUGGAGAGGGGUUUCAUCCUGCCGAACAUCAACUUCGAGAAGCCCAAUGAGGCAAUACCCCUGGCCCAAUGGAACAUGAAGGUCCCCACAAACCAACGCCCCUGGCCAACCGCCAAGCGCUACAUCAGCAUCAACAACUUCGGCUUCGGCGGCUCCAACGCCCACGCAGUCCUCACCAAGCCCCCACUGCCCCCCAAAACCGCCCUCGCAAAGGAAAGCGCCGACCCCAUCCCCCGCCUCUUCGUCCUCUCCGCCAACGACGAAAAGGCCGCGCGCGCCUCCAUGGACGCCCUCGGCGUCUUCCUCGAGCAGCACCCAGAAGUCUUCCAAAAGUCGCUGACGCGCAACAUCGCCUACACGCUCUGCCAGCGGCGCUCGCACCUGGCCUGGCGCGUCGCCUGCGUCGCGUCCUCGUCCAACGAGCUCGCCAUCGCGCUGAACAGCCCGGACGCUAAGCCGGGCCGCUGCGCACCUAGCACGCCGCCGAAGAUCGCGUUCGUGUACACGGGCCAGGGCGCGCAGUGGCACGCCAUGGGCCGCGAGCUGCUCGACGCGUUCCCCGUCUUCGCGGAAUCGAUGCGCAAGGCGGAUGAGUGCUUGAAGGGCCUCGGCGCCGACUUCUCGCUCGUUGAGGAGUUGAUGCUGGAUAAGGACAGUUCGAGAGUUGGCCUCGCACACAUCAGCCAGCCCAUCUGCACCGCCGUCCAGCUCGCCCUGACUGACCUCCUCGCGUCGUGGGGCGUGCGGCCGGCUGCCGUGACGGGCCAUUCGAGCGGCGAGAUUGGCGCGGCGUACGCGGCCGGCCUGCUCGGGCUGGAGGACGCGAUGGCGGUGGCGUAUCACAGAGGCCAGGCCGUGAUCCGGUUGAAGGAGAAGCAUCCCGACCUGCGCGGCGCGAUGCUGGCGGCCGGUAUCGGCGCGGAGGAGGCAAGGCCGCUGCUUAAGACGUUGAAGAGUGCGGGCGGGGUGGUUGUGGCGUGCGAGAACUCGCCGAACUCGAUCACCGCGUCGGGAGAUGUGGAAGCGGUGGAGGAGCUGGCGGCGAAGAUUGAGGAGAUGCAGCAGUUUAACCGCAAGCUGAGGGUUGAUGUGGCGUAUCACUCGCCGCAUAUGGGGCUGGUAGCCGACGAGUACCGCGCGGCGAUACAGGAUGUCAAGCCGCUGCCGGAACAGCAGUCUGCUGUCUUCUACUCGUCGCUGCACGGGAAGAAGGUGGAGGGAGACGUCCUGGACGCGUCAUACUGGGUCGACAACCUGACCAAGCCCGUCCUCUUCUCCACUUCCCUUCGCGAGCUCUGCAUCAGCAGCACCCCCGACAUCCUCGUCGAAGUCGGCCCGCACUCCGCGCUCGAGGGCCCCGUCAAGCAGAUCCUCAAAGCCCUGGGCAAGCAAGCCAGCAAGACGAGCUACCUGCCCUCGCUCGUCCGCAACAAGAAUGCCGUCACCACCUGCCUCGAGCUGGCGGGCAAGCUCUUCACGAAGGGCCACACUGCCCUCUCCUUCGAGCAGAUCAACGCGCCCAAGGACGAAGUCAAGACUCCCGUCUUCCUCGCGGAGAUGCCGCCCAGGAACCACCGCAUCAAGCGCUUCCCGCGCCACGACCUGCUGGGCCGCCUGGCGGAUUACUCGAACAACGAGCUCGAGCCGACGUGGAAGAACGUCGUCUCCACCGACGACCUGCCCUGGCUGCGCGACCACCGAAUGCAGGAACUGACCACCUUCCCCUUCGCCGGCAGUGUGGAGGAUGUGGUGUCCGCCGACCACCGCUUCGUCCUGCGCGAGGUGCUCGUCACGCGCCCGCUGCUGCUCGAGGACGGCCACGAGUACGAGACGACGCUCACCCUCCGCCCCUACGCCGAGGGCACCCGCGCCUACGCCGACGCCUGGGACGAGUUCCGCAUCUGCUCGUGGACCGAGGCGAAGGGGUGGACGGAGCACUGCCGCGGGCUCGUCGGCGUGCGGAAAGACUCCCCCUCCUCCUCCUCCAACCCCGAGGCCAAAGAACUGUGCAACAGCACCACCACCCCCGCCAUCGACCCCACCCUCUUCUACACCCACCUCUCCACCGCCGGCGCCUGCUACGGCCCGCUCUUCCGCAACGUGCUCGACCUGCGCGCCACGCCCACCACCGCCCUCGCCACCAUCGCCGUGCCCGACACGGCCGCGUCCAUGCCGCUCGGCUACGAAGCUGCCGGCUCGCUCGUCCACGCCGCCUUCCUCGACCAGGUGUUCCAGCUCGCGUUCCCGAUGCUGGGUGCCGGGAGGGCUGGCGGCGCCGUGCCGACGGGCGUGGGCGAGAGGAUGAGGGUUGUGGCGGGGGGCAAGCCGGAUCUCGUUAAUCCGAGGCCGGUGGACUUUAGGGUGGAGGGCCCGAUUAAGGGGGGUGCGGGUGCUGGUGGGGAGGAGGCGGAGCCGAGGGAGGGCAAUGGGGUCGUUAAUGGUGGAGAGAAGCCUCACACCAAUGGGUCAAAUGGGACCAACGGCGUCAACGGCGUCAACGGCAAGACGGAGACCGACAAGGACACUUCCAGCGCGUCUGUCGUCAUCGUCGCGGAUGCUCUCGAAUCGAACCCGCUCUCAGCUGCCCUCGCAGAUGCCAUCGCCAUCCGCACCAACCAGACCGCGACGGUGUCGUCUCUGGCUGGAGCCGACGCUGCUGACAAGCUGUGCAUCGUCCUGUCCGAGCUUGACAGCCCAGUGCUAUCCACCGCCACCCCCGAGACGUUCGCCCAAGUCCAGAAGCUGCUGACCAAGUCAGCCGGCGUGCUCUGGGUGACCCGCGGCGCCUACAUAUCCGCCACCAACCCCGAAUCCAACAUGGCUGUCGGCCUCAUCCGCUCCGUCCGCUCGGAAACCGCAGCGAAGGCCGCCACCCUAGACUUGGAUCCCCACUCUACCUGCAGCACUACGGAACAGGUAGACCUGAUCAUGAAAGUCUUCAAGCGCGCCGUCAUGCCCACGCCGCCGGGGGAUGUCCCCAACGACGACCACGCCAUCGACAUGGAAUACGCCGAACAAUCCGGCGCCCUCGUCGUCCCCCGCAUCGUCCCCGACGAGGCCACGAGCCUCUUCGUGCACCGCGAAGCCUCCUUUCAAUCCAACACCCCCUACCUCCAGCCCUUCGCCCAACCCGGCCGGCGCCUCCGCCUCGCCAUCGACACCCCCGGCGCCCUCGACUCUCUCUACUUCGACGACGCAGCCAACCCGCCCCUCGCCCCCGACGAAAUCGAACUCCACAUCCACGCCACAGGCAUCAACUUCAAAGACAUCGUCAUCGCCAUGGGGCAACUCCCCAACCCCUCCCCGACCGCCUCCCUCGGCAUCGAGGCCGCCGGUGUCGUGUCGCGCGUGGGCUCCGCCGUCACCAGCCUCGCCGUCGGCGACCGCGUCGCCGCCAUGCCCGACGGCGCGUACGGCACGCACACGCGCUGCAAAGCGUCCAGCGCGGCGCGCAUCCCUGCGGACAUGUCGUUCGAGCACGCGGCGUCGAUACCGAUCCGCGGGGAGCGCGUGCUGAUCCACGCGGCGGCGGGCGGCGUCGGGCAGGCUGUGGACAAGAAGGCGCUGUUGGUCGAGGCGGAGGCGACGCCCGGUGGUGAGGGUGUUGAUGUCGUCGUGAACAGUCUUGCGGGCGAGUUCCUGCGCGAGUCGUGGGCGUGUUUGGCGCCGUUUGGAAGGCUCGAGAUGGCGAGGUUUGCGGAUUGCGCGACGUUCGCGUCGUUGGAUUUGACGAGGUUGGCGAACGAUCGGCCGAAGGUUAUGGCGAGGGUGUUGGAGGCGGUGAUGAGGUUGUUUGAGUUUGGGGCGGUGAGGCCGGUGCAGCCGGUUAAGGUGGUGGGUGUGGGCGAGGUCGAGGCGGCGUUUAGGCUGUUGCAGAGCGGGAAGACGAUGGGGAAGGUCGUGGUUGUGCCGAGGGCUGGGGAGAAGGUCAUGGCUACCCAUCCUCGCAAACGGGAUCUGUUCCGCCCCGAUGCUUCGUACCUGAUCGUUGGCGGUACCGGCGGUCUCGGCCGCAGCAUGGCCAAGUGGAUGGUACAGAAGGGCGCGCGCACCGUCGUCCUGCUCUCUCGCAGCGGCAAGACCGACGGCAAGGUCGGCCAACUGAUUGAAGACAUGAAGCAGUCUUUCGGCGCCAACAUCGUCGUCCGCGCCUGCGACGUCGCCGACGAGCAGAGCGUAAGAGCCCUCGUCGACGACUGCACCACCAGCCUCCCGCCCAUCCGCGGCGUCAUCCACGCCGCCAUGGUCCUACGAGACACCCUGUUCGAAAACAUGGCCUUCCCGGACUUCCAAACCGUCAUAUCCUCCAAGGUCGCCGGCGCCUGGAACAUCCACAACGCCCUGCUCCCCUCUUCAACUCCCCUCGACUUCUUCAUCGCCCUCUCCUCCGUCGCCGCCAUCGUCGGCAACCGCGGCCAGGCCGCCUACGCCGCCGCCAACGCCUUCCUCGACGCUUUCGUCCAGCACCGCCGCCAGCACCUCGGCCUGCCCGCCACCUCUGUCGACCUGACCGCCGUGUCCGACGUCGGCUACCUGGCCGACAGCGUUGACGCGGCGCGGCGCAACGAGGUGCUGACGAACAUCGGUGGCGACACGCUUGUCGAGAGUGAGGUGUUGGCGCUGUUGGCGGCGGCGGUGGAGGGGGAGCAAGGCGUGCUGGAGGGUUGUGGUGGGCAUUGUUUGACGGGGCUGAGGUUUCCCCGAGCGGAGGGAGGCGUGCAGCCCCAGUUACCGUUCUAUGCUGACGACGCGAAGUUUAGUGUGCUGCGCGCGGCAGCGGUGGCGGACGCGUCUGCCGCGGCGGCGGAGGCUGCUGGGGGCGAAGGUGGCGCAGCGGUGAAGGUCUCGCUUGCGCAGGCGCUGGCCCGCGCGGCUAGCAAGGAGCUGGCGGUUGAUUUGGUGUCCCGCGCGUUGCUGGAGAAACUGUCGGCGAUUCUUACCGUGCCGCUGGAGGACAUGGAUGCCGAUGCUGAGAGGAGCGUCACGACGUAUGGGCUGGAUUCGCUGAAUGCGAUUGAGUUGCGGAAUUGGAUUGCGAGGGAGGUGAGGGGAGUUAACUUGCAGGUGUUGGAGCUGUUGACGAGUGGGAGUGUGAGGGCGUUGGCUGGGGUGGUGGUGAAGAGGGCUGGAUUAGAGUUCAAGGAGGAAGGGGAACAGGCUGAGGCGUGA